GCUACACCGGCAGCCGCCGCGACAGACAUCAUCGAUUCUUCCUUCUUCCUUCUACUUCUCAUUUUCUCCUCCUCGUUUCCCUUCUUUCCUCACUCUUUGGUUUCUUUCUUUCUGUCUUCCCUCCUCUUCUUCACCGUCACCGUCCACACUGAAUGAACGACGACAUCGUAUUGGAGGUUGGUAACGACUGGUCAAUUACGAUUAGGGUUUUAUAAUGCGCAGAACGACGACAUCGUAUUCGAGGUUGGGACGGGCUUUUCUGGCCCGAUUUUCUACAUCAGCACCGACGAAGAGCGGCGGAAAUGAGAAGAUAAUUGCUUCCGUUCUCUUCGAGAGGCUUCCAGUUGUUGUUCCUAAAAUCGAUCCUGUUGUUUAUGCUUUUCAGGAGUUUUCGUUCCGAUGGAGACAACAAUAUCGGCGCGAGUACCCGGAAUCGUUUUUGAAAAAAGCUGAUGCAAGGGGAAAAGGAGAUUAUCAAAUUGACUUCACACCAGCUUCGCGAAUUACUGAAGCUGAUAAGAAAAAUGAUAGAAGGUCAUUGCAAAGAGCACUAGACCGGAGACUCUACCUUCUCCUAUAUGGAACUGCCUAUGGUUCUAGUGGAAAUCCUGUUUGGCACUUUCCUGAGAAGGUUUACGAGUCUGAGCAGACGCUGCGCAAGUGUGCAGAAUCUGCUUUAAAAUCUGUGAUCGGUGAUCUUUCCCAUACAUAUUUUGUUGGAAAUGCUCCGAUGGGGCACAUGAUUGUACUCCCUCCAGAAACAGAGCAAGCUGAUUCAUCAUCUUUUAAGAGGUUCGUAUUUAAAUCUCAAGUGAUUGCUGCUGAUGAGUUUAAUGUGGGAAAAUGCCAAGAUUAUGUGUGGGUAACGAAGGACGAGCUUUUGGAGUAUUUUCCCGACCAAGCUCAAUUCUUAAACAAGAUGAUCAUCAGCUGAUUGAUAUAUAUAUAUAUAUAUAUCCUUUUAUGUUUCUUCAUCUACAAUCAUUUUUGGUGCCUUGUUCUACAAACAUGAGCCUGCCAUCAGCUGUAUUCCGGCAUCUUUGGAUUCUCAGAAACCUCUAAAUUUGAUGAUAUUUAACAACACUAGCAGGUUCCUGUAUUUUGUCUCCAGGUUUAGUUCCCUUGUUAACGUAAUAAGUUGUGCUUUGGUCU